AUGGAUCUAGACGACUCAGACUUUUAUGGUGACGAGGACACCACUGAGAGUCUCCAGCGCCGCGUGGCAGAGUUCAACCCAAGCGACUGGCUUCGCAACCAAAAUGCGAGCAGAGCCCGACCGCCACAGCAGGCAAAUUUCGCCGGUGAAGCCUCUCAAUUUCAUAACCCAUAUGCUGGAGUGCCGUACGUCUGGCAGUUGACAGAAAAGGUCGACGACUUUCUUGCCCGCCUUCCACCUUUGACCACAGAGCAGAGCGAGCAGGUUCCGUGGAUCUUCAUCUGCAACCCAUACAUACCCAGAGCAGAUAAACGACAGAGCGACAGCGAGCUCCUCAAAGGAAACCAAGACGAAGCACCAGUGGAAGAAGGAAGCAAGCUCGAGUGGGUGGUCCAGGGAGGCAUAGAGAGGCUCCAAAUGCUCCAGGACGUGCAUCGAAUGCUGCAAGAGGCGGGCAAGUCGCCAUCCUUCAUCCAACGGGAGAUGAACAAGCAACGCAAGAAAGCUGGGUUGGACGUUUUGCAUUUGGCACACGCCGGCAAGGUCCGCACAGGCAAGUGGCUAUUGUUCUGCCCACCUGCAGAGGUCAACGAGACGUGGGCAAUCCUGGCCCAUGCCACGGCCAACAAUGAGCUCGGCAUCGCCGCCAAAGUUGCCCCACGGCCACAAUCUGACGACCCAAGGAGGGACCGCCUGAUUUGCGUUUACACGGCCGACUUCCAUGAUAAGGCUGACGUUGGCCGAGUGCUCCAGCGGCUGCGGGAGCUGAGGUUGGUGGAAUCCAAAGGACGCGUGCUGUACUACAAGCCCGACAUUUACACGUACGUCGGCAUCGCCCAUGGCAAUCCGUGGGGAUUAGCCGCAUCGAUAUACAGCUCCAGAGAUGUGUUUUAA